CACCGCCGAACCAUGCACAUCCAUUAAAAAAACGAAGUACCUUAGAAGUUGAAAAGUGAAACUGAAGGACUAUUAUAGACCACCGAUUUUUUUUGUUUUAAUUCUAAUUCAGUGGUUUGGCCAUGGUGUCGAGAGGGGUGUUGUUGUCAUGUCAUGGGGUGGUCUGGUUGGGCGCAGUCGCGCUUGCGUUGUGGGCGGGCGGCGCGCGCGCAGCCUUGCGCUACGACACCGCUACGCCGUACACGCCGCCCUACAACAAGUACAGAUACAUACCGCUACAUGUUGAUGAGAUUCCCGAGGCAUCUCUGUCGUCCCCCGCGGAGGAGGAGUCGUCCAGUAGGAUGCCGAUCUCGGAGUUCAUCCUGACAGCUCUGCGGACUGCGCUGGACGUAGUCAGGAAUGUCAACAAGCAACGAGCCAUCGCAGCCGCCACCAGUGCCACCACCAACAGUACCACAGCCGUCGCAGUACGAAGAAACAGGACGAAGCCGAAAAAUGGGACAGUCGGAACUGGUCGAGGAUUCGAAGACUAUUAUGAUGAAGACCACCACCACCAUUACGAGGAACCCACCACUACUCCUAAACCUAUGAAGCAAAAAGCCAGGUACACCGACCCCUGGGCUGGAUACUACGACUGGAUCAUCAACGAGGGUUCUUUUAAGUUCUGGAGUGUCUUCCAGCUGUUCACGGCAGCUCUGCUUCUGUACGCGUGUCUGUCCGCCAUCUACUACGCGAAGUUCAACCCGAUUUUACCUGAUUACGACAGGGAAUACGACGACUACUUCCUCGAGCGUACCGUAGGAAGAAACGCGAGGAGUUUAGACUCUUUAGAACCACACGAAUUACCUUCAGGACACAGUUGGAUAAAUCCUAGAACUUUCCAAUUCAUACUGGACGCCAUAUCAAAACACUACGAAGAAGAAUAGAGAAGAAACGAAACGUUAGCGAUUAUUAGUUACGUAGUAAGUCAUAAAUUGAUACGGGGUAACGACGAUUUAAAUAGUAUAUUUUUCUUUAUUAAUGUAAUGGAAAGUCGAUUUGGGAUAAGGAUAGAAUAUGCUGGCAAAUGUGUUCAGCAUUUGUUAGAGUCGCUGCCAUACUGAAUAUCCUUGUUACCCUGAAUUGAAUUAUGUGAGAAUUUGACUGAAACAUGCUCAAAUAAGGGUCCUGAAAUAUCACCCUAAUCUAGAAAUAGGUAGCCCUGACUUGACUGAACUUAAAUCCUAAGUUCUCAUUGAGUCGGGUCUUUGCUUCGGUUAAAAUUUAUUUAUACUUAGUUCGUAAGGUACAUUAUGCUCAAUUUUAGUUCCUAGAAACUUCGAAAUAAACUAGCAAUAUAACAAAGGAAGUUUUAUUAGUAAGUUUUGAAAGUGUUUUAUUGUAAAAGUACGCGCGGAUAGCGUAAAAUUGUGUUAUACGAGGGUCUAAGGGAGCCACCAUGUUUAUGUGUUGUAACGCUCGCACUGUGCGAGAAUAAACGUUCAGUGAAACCUCU